AUGGCACAGGCGCUAAAAGUGUAUGCUCGUCGGCACCCAGAUGCAGAUUUUGCAGCGCUGCGAGAGGAGGCGCUGUUGUUGGACUCUGAAUAUGGCAGCUCUGCAUCAGAGGUAACGUGCUCCAUUGUCAAUAAUAAGUCUAGUUUUUCAAAGGAACCAUAUUCGGACUGGAAGGAGACCCUCAAGCGUGACAUAAUGGAGGAAGUGAAGGCUGAGAUGAAGGGAUUGGCACAGGAACUAAUAAGGGAGCUCAAACCUCACUUGUCACCGGUUGCAACCGCCGCAGAGCCGCCAGUAACACCCCGGAGCUACUACCGAUCACCCCCACGCAACCAACGGGAUGAACGAGGGCACGUGCGGCUGUCUGGUGGGCGGGCCUUCACUGUCCCUCCUAACAGCGAGCUGCUUGUGUGGGGUAAAACCCGGAUGGGCCCUGACGGCGCAGACUACUGUGCCCUGGUCGAGGCACUGCCAAAUGCUGGCGAAGUGGGUGUGGCCCGAACCAUCGGAGUGGUAAGAAACGGCAGAAUCCCAAUACGUGUCUGUAACCCACAUCCUUACAGCUGGACAAUAGGCCGCUAUCAGAAACUUGGACGCCUUUACCAAAUUGAUUCUGCUGAUGUGCACGGCCCUGACGAUGUGAGCCUGUCUCUGGAGGAAGAUGGGGUGGUUGAAGUGGCCCUGGUCCACACCACACCUGACCCUGGACAACAUGGCCUCCCCGAGGAGGUGAGAAACCUAUCUAACCGAACUGACUUGUCUGAGCAGCAGCAGGAAGAGCUUGGUGCGCUUUUGCAAAAAUGGGAGAAGGUCUUCGCAAAGCACGAUGAGGACUUCGGCCGGACCAACGCAGUACAACAUCGCAUCCACACGGGUGAUUCUGCGCCUACCAGAGAAAGGUACAGACCGCUUCCACCCUCGCUCUACAAAGAGAGAACACAGACUGAGAAGCUGGCAGCUACACCAAGGCGGGUAUUCCUCAGGACAGCGGUCAAUCUAUUUCAUUGCAGACGGUUUUGUGUGGACAGGAAUGCUCUGAUACCAGAGUCUACAAGAACAAUGAAAUACAUCCUGGUCACUGGCGGCGUCAUCUCUGGCAUCGGAAAAGGCAUUAUCGCAAGUAGCGUGGGAACUAUUUUAAAGUCGUGCGGCCUCCAUGUCACUGCUAUAAAGAUUGACCCUUACAUCAACAUAGAUGCUGGAACCUUUUCACCGUAUGAACAUGGGGAGGUUUUUGUGCUUGACGAUGGAGGCGAGGUGGACUUGGAUCUCGGGAAUUACGAAAGGUUCCUGGACAUCCGACUGACCAGAGACAACAACCUGACCACAGGGAAGAUCUACCAGUCGGUCAUCAACAAGGAGAGGAGGGGAGACUACCUCGGAAAAACAGUACAAGUGGUUCCACAUAUAACAGAUGCCAUUCAGGAGUGGGUUGUGAAGCAGGCCAAAGUCCCUGUUGAUGACGAUGGCGUGGAACCUCAAGUUUGCGUAAUAGAGUUGGGAGGAACUGUUGGAGACAUCGAGAGCAUGCCUUUUAUUGAGGCCUUCAGGCAGUUCCAGUUUAAAGUCAAGAGGGAGAAUUUCUGUAACAUCCACGUCAGCUUGAUACCACAGCCAAGUGCAACGGGGGAGCAGAAGACCAAACCCACCCAGAACAGUGUCCGAGAGCUGAGAGGACUGGGCCUGUCUCCUGAUCUGAUAAUGUGCCGUUGCACCACCGCUUUGGAGACUUCUGUCAAAGAAAAGAUUUCAAUGUUCUGCCAUGUUGCCCCAGAGCAGGUGAUUUGUGUCCAUGAUGUCUCCUCCAUCUACAGAGUGCCCUUGUUGCUGGAGGACCAGGGGGUGGUGGGCUACCUGAGCCGCAGGCUCAACAUGCCCAUUGAGACCCGCCCCAGAAAGAUGCUCACCAAGUGGAAGGAGAUGUCUGACAGAUCGGACAGGCUCCUAGAACACUGUUCCAUAGCCUUGGUGGGAAAGUACACAAAGUUUUCUGACUCUUAUGCCUCUGUUAUUAAGGCAUUGGAGCACUCGGCUCUGUCCAUUAGCCACAAGCUAGAAGUCAAAUAUAUAGACUCUGCAGCUCUUGAGCCUAGUACUUUACAAGAGGAACCAGUGAAAUACCAUGAUGCCUGGCAAAAGCUGUGCAGCGCUGAUGGCAUUCUGGUUCCGGGAGGUUUUGGUGUCAGAGGAACUGAGGGCAAGAUACACGCUAUCGGCUGGGCCAGGAAACAGAAGAAGCCUUUCCUCGGUGUUUGUUUAGGAAUGCAGUUAGCUGUGUGUGAAUUUGCCAGGAACACACUUGGAUGGAAAGAUGCAAACUCGACAGAAUUUGACCCAGAGUCCAAACAUCCAGUGGUAAUCGAUAUGCCAGAACACAAUCCUGGUCAAAUGGGAGGCACAAUGAGAUUGGGGAAAAGAAGAACUAUCUUUAAAACUAACAACAGUAUUUUGCGGAAGCUCUACGGUGAUGUAGAAUAUGUUGAAGAAAGGCACAGGCAUCGUUUUGAGGUCAAUCCAGAGCUGAAGAGCCACUUUGAGGAGAAGGGUUUCCGGUUCGUAGGUCAGGAUGUUGAAGGCGAGCGAAUGGAAGUAAUUGAACUGGAUGAUCACCCAUAUUUUGUUGGAGUGCAGUAUCACCCGGAGUUCACCUCUCGUCCAAUCAAACCAUCACCACCGUAUCUUGGAUUACUAUUGGCGGCAGCAGGGAGGCUCCCAGGCUACUUGCAGAAAGGCUGCAGAUUGUCCCCACGAGACACAUACAGUGACCGAAGUGGGAGCAGCACACCAGACUCUGAAAUCUCAGAGUUGAAGUUGCCUUCAAUUUCUAAUUAA